AUGGACGACGGCAUUGCCGACUCCAGCAGCAAGCAAUGGAAGCGAUUCGACCGCGACGGCCACGGCCACACGGGGCCCUUUGGAAUCCCAGAGGCAAAGUGCGAUUCGCCUGUGGCGCUGGUCAAUGCAACCGCCGAGUACCUGCGCGCAAACUGGGCCAGCAGGCUCGACUUUGUAAUCUGGACCGGCGACAGUGGCCGCCACGACAGCGACGCCGAGAUCCCUCGCACCUUUGAGGAGAUCGUGGAGCAGAACUACAUUACCGCUGACGCCAUGCGCUACGCCUUCCCGGCCAUCCCCGUGGUCCCCAACAUCGGCAACAACGACAUCAGCCCGCACAACGAGCUGCCGAGCCCAGGCCACAAGCGCGCUCGCCUGACGUACCGUCAGCUGAGCAAGGCAUGGCACGGCUUUAUCCCCGACGACCAGAUGCGCACCUUCCGCUACGGCGGCUACUUUGCCAAGGACGUCCCCCGCGGCAUCACCGUGCUGAGCCUCAAUACCAUCUACUGGUACCGCGCCAAUGCCAAGGUCGGCGGCUGCGCUGCCGACGACUCACCAGGCCUGGCCCAACUUGCGUGGAUCCGCUACCAGCUCCGCCGGGCUCGCCAGCGCAACCGCGACCUGAUUCUGAUGGGCCAUGUAAUACCCAACCGCGACAACUACCGCCCCACGUGCUACCAUGGCUAC